UUUUGUAAUACAAGGGAGGCGCCAAUGGAAUCUUCUGCGAGGGACAAUCAAUUGACAGUUGAUGAUUUUCAAGAAGGUGUAUCAUCAGAGGAUCUCUCUUCCUAAGUUGGAUAACCUUACAAUAGAAAAAGUUUGUUGCAAGAAGAUAUAGCAAGACCACUUGUCUGUAACAUCUUUAAAUUUAACAAGCUUGAUUGUCCAUAGCUGCCAUAGUUUGCAAUAUUUAUUUACAUCUUCAAUGGUUACAAGUCUUUCACACCUUAAAAGAAUUGAGAUACGAGACUGUAAGCUCAUUAAAGAGAUAAUUCUCACAGAAGAAACAAAGAAGAAGACGUCGAAGAUACUCUUUCCUAAACUGGACAGCUUGAGUCUCGAUGGUCUUCCGAAGUUGAGUAGAUUCUGCUCUGGGCAUCCAAUUGAAUUUCAGUCUCUUAAAGAAUUGGAUAUUAUAAGUUGCCAUGCUUUGACUUCCUUCGUCGCUUGUGUCCAACAAUUUUAUUCAGAGGCGAACAACAGUUCCGAAACACAAUAUCUCUUCAAUAGAAUGGUUGAGUUUCCUGAGUUAGAGAAACUAUAUCUAUCGAAAAUGAAUAGCUUGGAAAAUACGUGGGACACUCAGCUCAUGCCUAAUUCCUUCUCCAACCUGAAAGCAUUGACAAUUCACUAUUGUCGGAAGCUAUCAAUGGUUUUUCCACCCGGAAAAUUGCCCAGGUUCCGUAGAUUGGAGAGGUUGAGCAUUAGUUAUUGUACUGUACUGCAAAAAAUAUUUCAAUUUCAAGAUUUGGAUGCUGAAGACACAUAUGCUGCGGUAAAAUUUAACCUGAGAGAAUUGGAAAUCUUACUUAAUGGAAAACUGAAGAUGAUAUGGAAUAAGAAUUUUCCAAUAGGUUUUACUUUUCAAGAACUAGAGUCAGUGGAAGUAGUUGACUGUGGAGCUCUGAAAUCUAUAUUUCCAACCUCCAUAGCUACAGGCCUUCCUCGGCUUCAAAGUUUAACAGUUAAAAGUUCGCCGGGGGGGGGGGUAAUAUGCGGAAUAGAGAAAAUUGUAGCGAAAAGUGAAACCGCAGGAUCAGAUCCUUAUUUUAAGUUUCCUCAACUCAAAACUCUUGUACUUUACGGACUACUGAAACUAACGUGUUUCUAUCCAGACAGGCAUAUUACCGAGUGGCCAAAGUUGAAAUCUCUGGAGUUGAUUCAAUGUGACAAUGCAAUCAUCUUUGGUUCAGAAAUUAUAAAUCCUAAUCAAGAAGAAGCACAUGGAGGAGGCAUCCAAGAUAAUAUAUUGCAACCCCUUUUUAUGUUUGAAAAGGUCAAUCGCAACUUGGAGGAAUUGACACUACACCACAAUGAUUUGAUGCAAAUACUGAGUAGUCAACCUCCUGCGAAUUUCUUUUCCAAAGUAAAAGUACUUACACUGCAAUCCUUAAGGCCCGAAUCGUGCAGCGAUCUGUUUGGUUUCCUCAAAACACUAUACAAUCUGGCCAAACUUCUUGUCAAGGAUGGUACUUUAAAAGAGCUAUUCGCACACGAGGAUGCAGUUUAUGUGAAGCUGAGACAUUUGAGCAUAUAUGAACUCAGUUAUUUAAAGCAUAUAUGGAACCAGGACGCCAUAUCACAAUCAGUUACUCAAUGUCUUGAGACACUGACAAUUGGGAGCUGUAAUAGUUUAAGCAAAAUAGUGCAAUCAGCAGCAUCCUUCCGAAGUUUAGUGGCUCUAAACGUGAAUGACUGUCGUACGUUGAAAAGCUUGUUAACUGUCUCGACUGCAAAAACGAUGGUAAACCUCACCGAAAUGAGCCUACGUAACUGUCCUACAAUGACUGAAGUGGUGGAAAACAACAGAGAUCAGACAGAGGAUGAGGUGGUUUUUUAAAAAUUGAAAACUUUGCGACUUCAUUAUUUAACUAAACUCACCAGCUUUUAUCCAGGGAAGCAUGCGUUUACUUUCCCGUUGUUAGAAGAAGUAUAUGUUGA